UUAUUUCCACGUGAUUUAACAACGGUUUGGGCGCGAUUAGUAAAAAAAACUAAUUACUUAUACCUGUUAGUCUACCUGGUGGAUUCUUAUGAAUGAAGCGGCCUUACUAUUUUCUUCAGUUAAAGGUUGAACGUAUAACAAUGGUGCAACGUAAACAGUGAGCGAAUUACAAUUUUUCCGAAAAUUUCCUUCAACCCUCCUUUAUUUGAUCGCCUUCGCGUCUGUAACAUGGAAUUACCGUUUAUCGUGCAAGAAUUAAUCAAAGCGCAAUUUUUACGGGUUAAACUAUUGGAAAUGGCAAGAAAAAAUGAGGGCCCCUCUAAGUGCGAAUUUUGGCAGCCGUGGAUUACGAAAGAGGAUUCAAAUAAACACGCUUCCACAAAACAGCUUCCAACAACGAAAUGGAAAAGGGAUCGCCGCACCCGCCCCGAAUAUUCGCGCAAAUCAGAUCCCAAAAUGCCAGAAGAAUUCGAAUUACCACCAAACGGCGGCAUCGAUACACCCCUAGACAUGAGCGUACGCCAACGAGGGCAACCGCCAUCCUACUCGCAAACAAUUAACAACCCGGAAUUUAGAUCGAGUUACCGAACUUCCGUUAUCACACAAGCGCAACGGGACGAUAUGCCCUCAGGUAUAUCCAUGUGCGAUCCAAUUAUCGACGAGCACUUCCGGCGCUCCCUGGGAAAGGAUUACGUGAAAAUAUUUUCAAAUAACAACGCGCCCCCGAAAGAUCCGCCGAUCGUAAAGUCGCCUCCGAAAAUCAAGGACAAAGUGAUGGAGCUGAUGGACAGUACGGGCCUUUCGGUGGACGACCACUUCGCCAAAGCGCUUGGAGAUACCUGGUUGAAACUAAACAAGAAAGAAGAAUGUGAUUCCUCCGAAAAGGAAGCGGUGAUAUCUGUCUGAUUCUAUUAACAAAUUAUUGUAGAAUGUCUGUAUGUCUGUCUGUAAGUGGAUGUUAGUAGAUUCGAGACUUUACUGUACAAAUCUUUUGACCCCAAUUUUUGCACCUUUGUUGUAAAUGGCUUGUUGUAAAUACGAAGAUGUGUAUAUUAUUUGAAAAGUGCACAAAGGGCGCAGUACUACAUACUUGGUGUCUAUAUGUUAUCGUACAACAUUGUUGCUAGUUUUUUAAUGUUACUUUUACUUACUUUUCUUUUAUGUUAUAAAUGGAAAUCGAUGUUAACUAUUUAAAUAAAUGUUUUUGUGGA